AUGUAAAAAAUUGAAUUCAAUUGUACUAUUUGUUUGAAUCAUUUAAGCGAUCCGACCUGCUUGUCUUGUGGACACUCCUUCUGCGAAAAAUGCAUCAAUCAUCAUUUGAAACUAAAUCACUCCUGUCCCCUAUGUAGAAAACCUACAUUACCAGAAUGGCCAGUCAACGAAAUGCUAAAGGAAGUAUUGUUGAUACUCUUCGAACAAGGACCAGAAGGUAACUUUUAUGCCCCUAUCCGAAAUUUAGUUCUCCAAACAGAAUUUCCAUAAAUAGUUUUAUGUUUGGAUUGUGGCCUUACUCCCAUUAAUCCUGUCGUAUUGCCCUGCCAACACCUCUUUUGCUCUCAAUGUUUCCAAAACGACUUGGUCGAACAGUACUGUCCCGUUUGUCUCCAAUAGUGUAUGAUCACAGACCCCAACAUCAAUCUUCUUUUUAAUCAAUUUUUACAAUGGUACUGCGAAACCGAAGAGAAAUUCGUCCUUCAAGAUUAACAAGUACAUUCCAUGCCCAUAUUUCUAUUUGAUAAGCAAAUUUGCUACAAACGGAAUUUCUCCCUCAGAAUUGUCGAAGAUAGAUAUAAAUAGCUUAUAAAACUAGCUUCUCAUGGAUCAGGGAAAUUCCCUGUGGUUCCCUUUACUGACUAGUUGCCUGUGUGUGCCGACAUGGUAGAAAUUGUUAGCAUUACAGAUCAAAUAUAAAUCAUUGGUUCCGAUAGAUUAAUAAUAGAUGCAAUUUAUUGUUUUAUAAACAACGAAAAAAUACCAUUCACUCGAAAUACUUUUAAAGCCCUACCAAAUCAAUUAUGGCUAUGCAAUUACACCGUCAUCAAAGACAAUCAAGAUAAAUCACCUAUCUGGAACAAAAUCAAACAGUUUAUUCAAUACACUUUCACAGAAUUGACAGAAGAAAUGAAAUCCUUAUUUGAAAAACCGUAUCAUUUAAUGAGUAUAUUUGGAACCAAGUUUCAUUAAGUCAAUUCAAGUCUUAUCAUGAUCUAAUUAUUGAAGAUCAACAACCAGCAAUUCUAAAAACUCUAUUAUUCUAAUGAUGAACAAUUAAGAAAUUUAUUCAUCUGGAAUUUCAUUAAUCAAAUUUAAUAAAAAAUUAUUUAAAUUAUUGGCACCCAAAAUCAAAGUGCUAAACUGAAACAGCAAACCAUCGAUUAGGAAAUACAAUUACCUAAUUUGCAGUUCCACAACAUUUACGAAGAAGAUGAUGAAGAUUUUAAUGAAGAUCUGAAUGACUCAUUCUCAAAUAUGACAAUCACUCAAUAAAUAAUUCUCAACCUUUUUCAUCUUCACAAAGUACCAAUUUUUUAAUGA